AACUUCCUCUAUACAGUUCCCACUUUCUCUAUAUAAAGCGUAAAGAGAGAGAAACAAAAUCCAUAAACCAUUACAACACAAACGAUUCCGUCACCGCCACCGCCGGCGCCGCUGCAAUGCUGCCGGAGAUUCCUCCAGCACCACCGCCUUUACAGUAAAUCCGUUAUUUUUUCUCACACUAAUUUCUACUUCCGUUAACGUCGUUACAUUCAGCAUUGUCGGUUGAAUUGUCGGUGAAAAUGUCGGUACACAAUAAGCAGAACCAGACACGUGACUUGAAGCACCGGGUACUCACGUGCCUCCACAAGCUUUCAGACCGGGAUACACAUUCGGCGGCGGCUACUGAACUUGAGUCCAUUGCGAAAACUCUUUCGCCGGAGACAAUUCCUCCGUUUGUUUCCUCCAUUGCCGCUACUGAUUCCUCCGAUAAAUCGCCAGUUAGGAAACAAUGUCUCCGGCUGAUUUCACUUCUUUCCGAGCAUCAUGGAGAUUCUCUUUCUCCUUAUCUUUCCAAGCUUCUCACAGCCGUCGUUCGCCGCCUCCGUGACCCGGAUUCCGCCGUACGUACUGCUUGUGUCACUGCUUGUGCGUCCAUUUCGUCACACUUGACCAAACCUCCGUUUUCCUCGAUUAUUAAGCCGUUCCUUGAAGCGCUUUUCACGGAACAGGAGAUGAACUCGCAGAUCGGUGCUGCGUUGUGUUUGGCGGCGGCUAUUGAGGCGUCGCCAGAUCCGGAUAUUGCUUGUUUGAGGAAGUUGUUGCCGAGAUUUGAGAAGUUGCUUAAGAGUGAGAGCUUUAAAGCGAAGGCUGCAUUGCUUACACUGAUUGGUAGUGUGAUCGCAGUGGGAGGAGCUUCUAGUCAACAGAUUGUGAGGAAUUUGGUGCCGUAUUUGGUGGAAUUUGUGAGUAGUGAUGAUUGGGCGGCUCGGAAAGCCAGUGCGGAGGCCUUGAUGAGGCUCGCGGCAGUUGAGGGAGACGCUUUAUCCGAGUUUAAAACAUCUUGCUUGAAGUCUUUCGAGGCCAAACGAUUCGAUAAGGUAAAGGCAGUGAGGGAAACAAUGAAUCAAAUGUUGGAGGCGUGGAAGGGAAUUCCUGAUUUGUCUGAUGAUGGUUCCCCUCGUCCCGUGUCAAAUUCCUCUUCCAAAGAAAUUGCAAGUGAUGGACGUUAUCCGCCUGGUCUGAAGACUUCCAGGACUGUGAGCUCCAGUGCUCCUAGUGUAAAAAGGCCGGCUAACAAGUCAUCUGUAGCGGAUAAUUCCACUGCUCCUGCAGCCCAAAAAAGUCGUCCUCUGGACAGUAUCGAAAAGAAAUCAGGUCCAGCUAUCUUUCGCAAACUUGAUCGCAAAAAACCAUGGAAAGUUGAAGGUUCUUCUCGGGCCAUUGCUUCUGAGGAUUAUCACCAGAAUAAAGAUGGAAAACCCUUGGGCAAAGACGAGGAGUUGGAAACACAUACAAGACCUGGAGUCAAACGCACUCUUUUCAGUAAGAUCACUAAUGAAACCAGGAAUGUUGUGGUGAAGGCUGGAUCUCGUGUGGUUCCAUAUCAAGAUGAGAUAUCAGAAUCUACUGUAGUUGUGAGUAAUGAACCUGGAGGAGAUCUUUGUAGGAACCCAAAAGACUGUGAAGAUCUCUCUCUGAUCCGGAAACAACUUGUUCAAAUUGAAACUCAGCAGUCCAAUUUGUUAGAGCUUCUCCAGAAAUUUAUGGGGAGCUCACAAAGUGGCAUGCAUUCUUUGGAGACACGUGUUCAUGGUCUGGAGCUGGCAUUAGACGAGAUCUCAUUUGACUUGGCCAUGUCAACCGGAAGGAUGUCAAAUACCAACUCUGCAGUCAUGUGUUGCAAGCUACCAGGUGCAGAAUUCUUGACUUCAAAACUCUGGAAGAGAACAGAAGGUCGUGGUGCAAAUUCACACUUCUCGGCUUCUGGUGGAACCUCAUCAGGUUUAACAAGCAACACAGCUGGUGAGCAGGGAAAUGGUGAAAGAUUUAAGUUGGAGCGUGGGAAAUAUCGGCUACGCACUAGUCGUGGGUUUAUUGUGAACCCAUUAGCCGAAAUUCAUGGUGAUCCCCAGGGACUUUCUGAACCUUCAGUUGGUGGAAAAAGAGUUUCAAAAAAUUUGCGAAAUGGUUUAUGAUAGAUUACGUCAGGCUCUGGAGAGUGUCAAGUACUCAGUUCACCAUGGACUCCUCAGCAUUGUAGUAGGGUGUAAAGACUGAUGCAGUACUACUAUAUUGUGCAUUUCGGCCGCGGUUAUUCACUCGGAAAGCUCUAGCCAAGUGCACUAUAACCUAUCCCACAUCUUUACUUUCGUUAGAAUUACUGUUUACCUUUUGAUGUCUACGUUUUGAUAAUUUUCAAAGAACAGAUAUUAAGGAAAAGGAAGACAGACCGCCGCUAUAUGGUGGGUUUGGUACGAACGUUGGUCUUGUAUAGAAGAAUAUUUCGUUUGUUUCAUUUUUGCUAAGAACUAGUUCCUAUUCUUUUUGACGCAUUGUGAUUAUACGGUUUGAAAUGAUAUCAGAAUAUGUAAAUGAUUGUUGCCA